CUCCCCUUUGCACUGAGACUGGACACAAGUUGACCUGCGAGCCUUACAAAACCCUCAAGAAAACACUGAGAGAUAACUCCAGCUGUACCUACCUGCUGAAAGAUGGCGUCCGGACCCCCCGCGAUGGAGCACCUGCUGGCCCGAGUCAGGCGGUGGAUCACUUCCUUUGCCGUUGGCUCCCUGUGGCCUCUGAGCACUGUGCGCCCUGUUGCUGAGAGCCCCCCCGAUGACCCAGUCCCUGUCGGGGUGGAUGUAGUGGACAGACUUCAGGAGGCUGAGCCUCAGGGUGGUAAUGUAGAGGGUGAGCAGCACCUCCCACCUUUCCCUGCAUACUACCCUGCUCCCUAUCCUGUUCCCUACCCUGUUCCCUAUCCUGUUUAUUACGCUUAUCCCUACGCUCCUUACCCCUACCUCUAUGCUCCUCCUGCUUUCCCUGGUGCUGCUCCCCAUCCUUUUGCUGCUCCCUAUGCUUUUCCUCCUGCUUUCCCUCAUGCUGACCCUCCUGCUGCUCCUCAUCCUUCGGCUGCUUCUGCUGAUGCUGCUCCUGCUGUCCCUCCUGCUGAGCCUCAUCUUAAUCGCUAUGGUGAAUCCAUUGAUGACGCUGUUGAGGCUAUUCUUGCUAGGAACAGGUACGUGGAACCUGAAGAGGACGGGGAGUCUGACAUCGACGUUGUUGGACUCGAGGACGAGGUCGAGGUUCCUGGCAUCAGCUCCUCCAGGAAGAGGACCAGAGACGACCACGACGGGGAGGAGUGUGAUGCGAAGAGGCAGCGGUGAGCUGAAGAGAGCGACUCAGAUUGACUCCACAAUGAAUGAGCUGAAUAUCAUUCUUGAAACAUCGGAGCAAUCACACAUCUGCCCCUCAUAUC